AUGGGCAACUUCUACUUAACACCUGAAGGCCUACCUUCUACCCUGAGCCCAAAAGCCAUUGCCUUGUUGAAAGGGUUGCAUUCUAUUCCACCCCAUGCGCUUAGGAGGGUGUUGGAGGAUUUGUUUCGACGAUUUAGUCCUGAUGCUCGCUCCGCAACACUAGACAUUCUCUUAUCUGACUCGAGUUCAUCGGCUCAAAAAAUCUUAAACGAAAUGGGAGCCCUGUCUGAUGCAGCUCUAGAAGAUGGGCUGGCGACUUUGAGAUGGCGCGGGAUGCAAACCCCUACUCUAUUUAGGGCCGAAAAUGAAAUUACUCGGUCAAUGGCCGACCGAGUUGAGGAAGAGCUGUUUCGUGACCUAGUUGAGGACAUGAGAAGGUUUCCAAGAUCAAGUGGUGAAGUUGUGUAUAGCUCUUCACCAUUGUCAGCAACCCAUUCGCCAACAAUUGGACUAGGUUCUCCACAAACACCACCACCACGCAAUUUAGCUGUUUUCAGGCUGUCACCUACUGCCACCACAGUUUCUCGAGGUCGACGAGCCGAGAACCUACACGAGACCGCUUCAAGUUGCGUCAACUCAACUUUAGUGGUGCCUGGAAAUGUCACAAAGGAAGACUACAUCAUUGACUUGUUUCAGCAAGCUGCCAGCAAAUAUGGCAAAAUCGAUAUGGUCUUUUGCAAUGCUGGAACCGGUGCGCCGCCAGUUAAUAUCGAGGAUCUCACGUUAGAACAAUGGCAAACAGUCGUGGAUACCAAUCUGACGGCGACCUUCCUUUGUACAAGAGAAGCUACACGACAUAUGAAAAAGACAGGUGGAGGCCGAAUCAUCAACAAUGGUUCUGUUUCUGCUUAUGCGCCUCGCCCAAAUUCCUCUCCGUAUACUGCUACCAAGCAUGCUGUUUUGGGGCUAACGAAAUGCACUGCCUUGGAUGGGAGGAGAAACAACAUUGCAUGCACUCAAAUCGACAUUGGAAAUGCUUCGACUGAAAUGACGGCACGUAUGGCCGGAGGGGUUCCUCAAGCCAAUGGGACGAUAACAGUGGAACCUACAAUGAACGUCGACAAUGUUGGAGAUGCAAUCGUUUUCAUUGCGAAUUUGCCACCUGGUGCCAACGUUUUGAACAUGACAAUUAUGGCAACGAACAUGCCUUUCGUGGGAAGAGGCUGA